AUCCAAGAAAAAAAUUAAUUAUAAAGAAGGACAUGGGAAUCCACUAAACAUUCCCCUUUAGCCCCUCCAUUCCCACCUGGCUUUCCUUCUCUGCCAGUCUGCUACACUUAGGAAACUGCCAAACUGCCAACCCAGAUCCUCCCCACAUUACACUGUCUUCAUCCCCAAAAAACGACGCCGCAUCCCAUCAUGGAAUAAUCAUUCUAUAUAAUUCAAUUUUUAUUUUAUUUUAUUUUUUAUUUUUAAUUUUACUUCCUCAUAGGAAGGCAAUAAGAAAGAUUCGUUUCUCUUACACGCUCACUAAUUUGCCGCAUCAUUUUCAAACCAUUUUUCCCUUCAUCUUUCCUUUCCCUUUUCCCUUCCGUUUCGUGUUCCUCGUCUUUUCAAAUUCAGAUCUCUCGUCUCCUUUUCCGGCGUGGAGGGAAGAGAUCAUUUGAUACAGAAAAGGAGUGAAAAAAAAGAGUACGUAGAUGGCGAAUAGAGUGGACCAUGAGUAUGAUUAUCUGUUCAAGAUCGUCUUGAUUGGCGACUCUGGCGUUGGAAAAUCCAACAUUCUUUCUAGGUUUACUCGGAAUGAGUUCUGUUUGGAGUCUAAAUCUACCAUCGGUGUUGAAUUCGCCACCCGUACCCUUCAGAUAGAGGGAAAGACAGUCAAGGCGCAGAUAUGGGAUACUGCUGGACAGGAAAGGUAUCGGGCUAUUACCAGUGCCUACUAUAGAGGAGCUGUUGGUGCUCUUCUUGUCUAUGACAUAACCAAGAGGCAAACUUUUGAUAACGUCCAAAGGUGGCUCCGCGAAUUGAGGGAUCAUGCGGAUUCCAACAUUGUCAUCAUGAUGGCUGGAAACAAGUCUGACCUCAACCACCUCAGAUCCGUUCAAGAGAAUGAUGGCCAAGCUUUGGCUGAGAAGGAAGGUCUCUCAUUUCUUGAGACUUCUGCGCUAGAAGCUCAUAAUGUCGACAAGGCUUUCCACACUAUUUUGACAGAAAUAUAUCACAUUAUUAGCAAGAAGGCAUUGGCAGCUCAGGAAGCAGCAGCAACCACGGUGCUUCCUGGUCAGGGUACAACCAUCAACGUCAAUGAUUCGGCUGGUAACACAAAGAGAGCCUGCUGUUCUACCUAAGUUAGAAUUUCUAAGAAAUGGGUAGCAACUACGGAUUCCUUUUGUACUCCUUUCGUAAAAUUAUUCCCCUUUUUGUCGGGUAACAGCAGCGGAUUGUAGAAAUACUUCAUUACUUCACCGUGACGAGAAAAAGAUCUUACUAAUGGUAAAAAGUAUGUAGUGAUUUAGAAGGAACUUGGAUCAUUGAUAUGAUACUUGUUAGUUUUGUUCAUUUACACUGGUAAUUGGUUUGCCGAACUGAAACAAAUUCAACAUUUUAUUAAGGAGGCCCUGAGUGAGUAGCAUUUCACUCAUAGAUUACCUUCUUUGUUUACCGCUUCUAUUCGCAUCUGGUAUGAAGGUUCAUUUUUGAUUGUUUGAUGGAGCAUUUAGGUCUUCUUUUUCUUCCAUUUGACUUUCUGGGAAAUGUGAAAAUGAACGGGAAGUAAUCUUUGGCCAUAUAAGAACACUGUACGGCCAACACGAAGAAACCAAAUUUGAUGUGGACAUGUAAGAAGUUGAAUAUUAGGGGUAUAUUUACGUACAACUAUUUUGACCAGGUCUGUUGAUGUAACUAUUAUGCUUUGUGUAAUGGUAUUAUUUACUUAAGAAAAUGAAGGUUUUCCUUUGCGGUCCCUCUCCAGUCUACCUGCCUUUUGUCCACUCAUGAAUAUAAUUUGCCCCUAAUUUGAUCAAAACAUAAACAAAACAAUUAUUG